CCGAGAAGCGUUUUCUAGCGUCUGAUUGGACUGACAACAGGAAGUGCAGCUCCCGGCUUGAAGCCGUCGCUUUGCCCUCACUGCUUUCUGUCUACUUACGGAGAAGUGUGUGCGGCUCCACUGAGAGAGCGCUGCAAUGAUAAAAGCCGCAUAUGCGGUAGGCAACACACCUAUCAGACAGGAAAAUACCUAAGAAACAGCCCCAGCCCUGUUCACAGCGCACCACAGCCUUAUUCACGACCAGGAGAGGAACCUGAAGUGCCAGUAGUACCAUGUCCAGGCCAACAGGGGGCGGUGCCAAUGAUGUCACCCGCUUCCUCACGUCGGGGGUGGGGCCAGGUUCUCCCACCUCCAACUCGUCUGUAUUCUCUGCUGCCAGCCAGGCCGACUGGGCAGCCAAGAGGCUGGUGUGGGUGCCAUCAGAAAAGCAUGGCUUUGAGUCAGCCAGUAUUCGGGAAGAGCGCGGCGAUGAGGUGGAGGUGGAACUGACCGACAGCCAGCGGCGGCUGACUUUGUCCAGAGAGGAGGUGCAGCGGAUGAACCCUCCACGGUUCAGUAAAGUGGAGGACAUGGCUGACCUCACCUGCCUCAAUGAAGCUUCAGUGCUGCACAACCUUAGAGAAAGAUACUACUCUGGUUUGAUCUAUACAUAUUCUGGGUUGUUCUGUGUGGUGGUGAACCCUUAUAAGAACCUGCCCAUCUACACAGAGUCUAUCGUGGAGAUGUAUAGAGGCAAAAAACGGCAUGAGAUGCCCCCGCACAUCUACGCCAUAUCAGAGGCUGCCUAUCGGAGCAUGCUACAAGACAGAGAAGAUCAGUCAAUCCUUUGCACAGGUGAAUCCGGAGCUGGGAAAACAGAAAAUACCAAGAAAGUCAUCCAAUAUUUGGCUCACGUCGCCUCCUCACAUAAAGGUGGCACUCUGGGAAGGAACAAGGAGGCUUUACAGAUGGAUGGCACUAGGUCCUUAACAAGAGGCAGUACUAUGGUGAACAGGAGUGUGCAAUAUGGCGAGCUGGAAAGACAACUACUACAGGCCAACCCCAUACUGGAGGCCUUCGGCAACGCAAAGACUGUCAAGAAUGACAACUCCUCCAGAUUUGGGAAAUUCAUUCGCAUUAAUUUUGACGUGGCAGGGUACAUUGUUGGUGCCAAUAUUGAGACCUACCUCCUGGAAAAGUCCCGGGCCACCCGUCAGGCCAAAGAUGAAAGGACAUUCCACAUCUUUUAUCAGUUGCUUUGUGGUGCUUCAGAAGCAACAAGAGCUGACCUGCUCUUAGGAACUGCAGAUGAGUACCGCUUUCUCAGUGGAGGUUCAAUCCCUGUUCCUGGUCAAAGUGAUUCAGAAAACUUCACCCAGACCAUGGACUCCAUGGUCAUUAUGGGUUUCACCCCAGAAGAGUCUGUGUCCAUGUUGAAGGUGAUCUCUUCCGUGCUCCAGUUUGGGAACAUUUCUUUCACAAAGGAGAAAAAUCAGGACCAGGCCUCCAUGCCUGAUAACACAGCUGCUCAGAAACUGUGCCAUCUGUUGGGCAUCAACGUGCUGGAGUUUACUCGAGCCAUCCUAACCCCGAGGAUCAAAGUGGGACGAGAGUAUGUGCAGAAAGCUCAGACCAAGGAGCAGGCUGACUUUGCUGUUGAGGCUUUGGCAAAGGCCACAUAUGAGCGUCUGUUCAGAUGGCUGGUUCACAGAAUCAACAGAGCUCUGGACCGCAGACAGAGACAGGGAGCAUCCUUCAUAGGCAUCCUCGAUAUUGCUGGAUUUGAGAUUUUCCAGCUCAACUCAUUUGAGCAGCUGUGUAUCAACUACACCAAUGAGAAGCUGCAGCAGCUUUUCAACCACACCAUGUUCAUCCUGGAGCAGGAGGAGUAUCAGCGCGAGGGCAUCGAGUGGAACUUCAUUGACUUUGGCCUCGACUUACAGCCCUGCAUUGACCUCAUCGAAAGACCAGCUCAUCCACCUGGUGUUCUGGCCCUGCUGGAUGAAGAGUGUUGGUUCCCUCGGGCAACAGACCGCUCGUUUGUGGACAAGCUGUCUGGAGAGCAAGGCACCCAUCCAAAAUUCUUCAAAUCAAAGCAGCCACGUGGGGAGGCUGACUUCUCCAUCAUUCACUAUGCUGGAAAGGUGGACUAUAAAGCAGAUGAUUGGCUAGUGAAGAAUAUGGAUCCUCUGAAUGAUAAUGUAGCAUCUCUUCUCCAUCAGUCUUCUGAUCAUUUUGUCUCAGAGCUCUGGAAGGAAGAUAUUCAGACUCUUCCUCGUGUCUACUUCUUUGACUCCUAUGCCACAUUACAGGCUAAUGGCUCCGACAUUGACAGGAUUGUAGGUCUGGACCAGGUGUCAUCAGGAGAGAACAGCGGCCCCGUCACUUUUGGAGCGGCAGGACUGAAGACGAAAAAGGGGAUGUUUAGGACCGUUGGCCAGCUGUAUAAAGAGUCCCUCACCAAGCUGAUGGCCACACUGAGAAACACCAACCCCAACUUCCUCCGCUGCAUCAUCCCUAACCACGAGAAGAGGGCAGGUAAACUGUCACCCCACCUGGUUUUGGACCAGCUGAGGUGUAAUGGAGUUCUGGAGGGGAUCCGUAUCUGCAGACAAGGAUUUCCUAACCGAAUCCCAUUCCAGGAGUUCAGACAAAGAUAUGAGAUCCUCACCCCUAAUGCAAUUCCUCGCACAUUCAUGGAUGGAAAACAGGCAUCAGAGCUCAUGAUCAGUGCAUUGGAACUGGACAAGAACCUGUUCAGGGUGGGCCAGAGUAAAGUGUUCUUUAGAGCCGGAGUCCUGGCUCACCUUGAAGAGGAGAGAGACCUUAAGAUCACUGACACCAUUAUACGCUUCCAGAGCGCUGCCAGAGGCUACCUCGCACGCAAAGCUUAUUUGAAGAAGCAGCAGCAGCUGAGUGCACUGAGGGUGAUGCAGAGGAACUGUGCUGCAUACCUCAAACUCAGGAACUGGCAGUGGUGGCGACUGUUUACAAAGGUGAAGCCUCUGCUGCAGGUGACUCGGCAAGAUGAAGAGAUCCAGAUCAGGGAGGCAGAGCUUCAGAAGGCGAGGGAUAAACUGUCCAGAGCUGAGCAGGACUACAAUGAACUGGACCAGAAACACGCUCAGCUGUUGGAGGAGAAGGCAGUGCUAGCUGACCAGCUGCAGGCUGAGGCGGAGCUGUUUGCGGAGGCAGAGGAAAUGAGAGCGAGGCUGGCGAGUAGGAAACAGGAGCUGGAGGAAGUGCUGGGCGAGCUGGAGAGUCGAUUGGAGGAAGAGGAGGAGAGAGGUGUACAGCUGACCAAUGAGAAGAAGAAGAUGCAGCAGAAUAUACAGGACUUAGAAGAGCAGUUAGAGGAGGAGGAAAGUGCCAGACAACGCCUUCUGCUGGAGAAGGUUACCUUGGAGACCAAAGUGAAAAGUUUAGAGACCGAUCUGAUGAAUGCAGUGGAACAGAGAGACCGACUCAGCAAGGAGAAGAAACUGUUGGAGGAGCAUCUGAAUGAGGUGACUGAUCAGCUAACUGAAGAAGAGGAGAAAACCAAAAGUCUUAACAAACUGAAGAACAAACAGGAGGCUGUCAUCGCAGACCUAGAGGAGCGUCUGAAGCGGGAGGAGCAGGGUCGCUUAGAGCAGGAGAAGUGGAGGAGGAGGAUGGAGAGUGAGUCAGUGGAGGCCCAGGAGCAGCUGUCAGACCUGGGAAUGCUGUCUGCUGAGCUGAGAGGCAGUCUGGCUCAGAAGGAGAAAGAAAUCACCACCCUACAGGGCCGGUUGGAGGAAGAGGGAGCUCGUCGAGCAGAGGCUCAGAGGGCGCUGAGGGAGGCCAUGUCCCAGGUGUCUGAGCUGAAGGAGGAAGUGGAGAACGAACGAGGGAUGAGAGAAAGAGCGGAGAAACAAAGGAGAGACCUUGGGGAGGAGCUGGAGGCUUUGAGAACAGAGCUGGAGGACACACUGGACACCACCGCUGCCCAACAGGAACUCAGGUCUCGACGGGAAGCAGAGUUAAGUGAACUCCAGCGGUGUGUUGAAGAGGAGACCCGCCGCCAUGAGGCCCAGCUUUCAGAGAUGAGAGUGAAACACAGCGCUGCUAUCGACAGUCUCCAGGAACAGCUGGACAACAGCAAGAGAGCUCGUCAGUCGCUGGAGAAGGCCAAAGCGGUGCUGGAGGAAGAACGUCACAAUUUGACCUCUGAACUUAAGAGUCUCCAGGCGAGUCGCACAGAGAGCGAGAGAGGACGCAAGAGGGCUGAUAAUCAGCUGCAAGAGCUCAGCGCCCGCCUGAAUCAAGCAGACCGAGAGAGGGAGGAGAGAGAGGAGCGAAUUCACAAGCUGCAGUGUGAGAUUGAAUCUGUAUCCAGUAAUUUGUCCUCAUCUGACUCCAAAUCCCUCCGUCUCACUAAAGAAGUGAGCAGUUUGGAGAACCAACUGCAUGAUGCACAGGAAUUACUGCAAGAGGAGACUCGCCAGAAGUUAGCUCUGGGUUCAAGGGUGCGAGCGCUGGAGGAGGAGAGGAAUGGACUGAUGGAGAGACUAGAGGAAGAGGAAGAACGAGCCAAAGAACUGACCCGGCAGAUCCAGACUCACACCCAGCAGCUGGCAGAGCUUCGUAAGCAGUCGGAGGAGGUGAACACAGCAGUGGAAGCUGGAGAGGAGAUACGCAGGAAACUUCAGAGAGAGCUUGACAGCGCCACCCAGAGGGAACGGCAGAAAGAGGAGGAAAAGGAGAGAGUUGAGAGGCAGAGGGAGCGACUGAGGGAGGAGAUCGAGGACAUGACGCUGGCUGUGCAGAGAGAGAGGCAGAACUGCACUGCUCUGGAGAAGAGGCAGAAAAAGUUUGACCAGUGUCUGGCGGAGGAGAAGGCGGUGAGCGCUCGACUGGCUGAGGAAAGAGACAGAGCAGAAGCAGACAGUCGGGAAAAGGAGACAAAAUAUCUAGCACUUUCACGAGCUCUGCAGGAAGUGCAGGACCAGAAGGAGGAGCUAGAGAGGUCCAAUAAGCAGCUCCGUCUGGAAAUGGAGCAGCUUGUUAACCAGCAGGAUGACGUUGGUAAAAAUGUUCAUGAGCUGGAGCGGACGCGCAGGGCUUUGGAAACAGAAGCACAGAACCUGCGAGUCCAGACACAGGAGCUGGAGGAGGAGCUAUCGGAGGCGGAGAACUCGAGGUUGAGGCUGGAGGUCACUUUGCAGGCACUGAAGGCUCAGUUUGAGAGAGAGAUCAGUGCCAGUGAGGAGAAGGGAGAAGAGAAGAGGAGGGCGCUCAGCAAACAGGUGAGGGAGUUGGAGAUUCAGCUGGAGGAGGAGAGGAGUCAGCGCUCUCAGUCCGUGUCGUCCAAAAAGCAGCUGGAAGCAGAGCUGCAGGAAGCCGAGGCCCAGCUGGAGACGGCCAGUCGGGGCAAAGAGGAGGCUGUCAAGCAGCUUCGAAGGCUGCAGGGUCAAAUGAAGGAAAUUAUUCGUGAGCUAGACGAGACCAAGUUGGGUCGAGAUGAUGUGAUCUCUCAGAUGAAAGACAGUGACAAGAAAAUUCAAACACUGGAGGCAGAAGUCCUGCAGCUGACGGAGGAGCUAUCUGUGUCUGAGAGGCAGAGGCGGCAGGCUCAACAGGAGAGAGAUGAGAUUGCUGAUGAAAUGGUCAACAGCAGUACUGGAAAGACCGCUUUGUGUGAAGAGAAGCGCAGGUUAGAGGCUCGGGUGAGUCAGCUGGAAGAGGAGCUGGAGGAAGAGCAAAGUAACUCUGAACUGGUGGCAGAGAGACAAAGGAAGAUGGCUUUGCAGGUGGAGACCCUGACGGUGCAGCUGCAGGGGGAGAGGACUCUGGCUCAGAAGGCGGAGGCAUCUCGGGAGCAGCUGGAGAGGCAGAACAAGGAGCUGAAGACCCGGCUGGGGGAGAUGGAGGGAGCAGUGAGGGGCAAACACAGACUCAGCGUCGCUGCCCUGGAGGCCAAGAUAGAGUCGAUGGAGGAGCAGCUGGAACAGGAGCGACAGGAACGAGCCAUUGCCAACAAACUGGUGCGGAAGACAGAGAAGAAACUGAAGGAAGUGAUGAUACAGGCAGAAGACGAGAGGAGACACGCAGACCAGUACAGAGAGCAGCUGGAUAAGUCCAUGGUGCGACUGAAGCAGCUGAAGCGACAGCUGGAGGAGGUAGAGGAGGAGAACUCCCGCUCCAACGCCCAGAAGAGGAAGCUGCAGAGGGAGCUGGAGGAGCUCAGCGACAGCAGUCAGAGUAUGUCACGGGAGAUCACCGCCCUGCGCAGCCAGCUCAGCAUCCCUGAAUGGAGAGCAGAUAAGCGUGCUCCGUUGCCCCUGGCGAUGCGUGGACGCAGAGCUUUAGUGGAUGACCUGUCGUUGGAGAACUCUGACUCAGAGGAGCCUCCUGCCUCACCGACCCCUUCAUCUGGACUCCCAGGGACCCCGACUCCUUCGUCAGAACACAGCCUGGACCCACCACCACCCUACAGCAUCAACAACACGGAGUGACGCACACAUGGACUCAGUCACACAUAAAACACACAUAAACAUAAACAGGCAUGCAUUAGCCUCUCACAGCCUCGAAUACUCAGGGGUGAAGGAGUUACAUGCACACAGUACUUUAUAAUUCAAGUAGAUUCCUACAUCAGACGCUAUAAUAUAAAAGAACCUCACUGUUAAAAUAAUGCUCUUUAAGAUUUUGCCUGUUUUUUCUUAACAAAAACAGAAAACAUGUAAAGAAUAGAUUUUACAAAGAGCCAACCGGAACUAAUUUUUAUUUUGUAACAAACUGUGACAUAAGAAGUGACAGAACAAUGACAUUUCUACAUGACAUCCCUAAAAAACAUUUCUGAGGAGGCUAAACUACAUUUCCCAUACAUCUAAGAGAAAGCUCAUUAUCAUCAAAGUCAUUUAUCUUAUUUCAUGACAGUGUACAGCUUAGACGGCAGUCAUGUGUUUUACAGUAGGAGGUAUUCUAAAACUAAGCCAUGUUUGACCCUUGAGUAACACAGGUACAAUCUGAUUUAACAAAGGGCUGUUGGAGAAGAAAUACUUCUGACAAUCUGAGAAGUUGAACACACGCACAUACAUUAAGGGUAGGAAUAUUCUCCACAUACAUGACUUUUUGGAUAUUUUAAUUGUCGAUUAUCUGCUGUCACAGUGGUACUAAAAUUUAAAUUACUUGGCAAACAAAAAGGAACAUCACUUAAUAUAUGAACAUGGUAAAGUAAUAUUUUAUGGGUGAAAUGACAGUAAGCAUUAUUUAAUUUUCAGAUAAUUUGUCACAGUUUUAGUGACACAAUUAAUGUUAAAAAGCAGCCUGAAUUAUGGCUGUAUGAAAUGCUAAAUCUUUUUUCUAUAGAUUAGAAACAGUACAUUGUUAGAUAAAGCAGUAGGUGGUAUUAGAUAGUUUCUUUAAUUAAAACCUUAAUAUGUUGCUUCAGAAAUUUUAAUUUGUAUAAUUUAUAUCAAAUAUGGAGUUAAGUUAUCAAUCGCUGGUUGUUUUCUCUCAUUGGGAAGCGUGAAGUCUGACUAUUUCUGUCACUGGUGUUGGUCUGAUCUGGAUUACGCUCAUGCUUCCAUAUUUGUGUUUGUGAAGUCUGAUCUGAGGGUGAAUUUAACACAAAGGAUAUUGCUGAUUCAGAGAGGAAAUGUCUGGUUUGUCUAAAAUGGCAACAACUUUAACUUAAGAACAAUAAAAUGUAAGGAGAACUAGUAGGUUUUAUCCAAAGCAGGCAGAAUUGUGACAACAUAUCUCUUCUUUUCCCUUUUAUAUACCGAAAAACAUGUCACUUUUUAUGUUGACAAGCAUCUUGUACAUUGUAAUUUUGAUUUUUACUGAUUAACUGUGUAAAUUAUUCGUCAAAACAGAGCUUUUUUGUUUAACCAAAUGGUGGGCGUAUGGAUGAGAAAAAGGGACUUAAAUUUGUAGUAAAUGUAGAGUAGUUUUAGACUAGAGUAGAUGCCAGGAGUAGAGGCUGGUUGGAUGCUCUGUUGUCAUCGAGUGCAACUCCACUCGUGAUUCCACAGUAGAAGAAUCUCAGUCUCUGCUCGCAGUUCCUCUGUAGAAGAUUGUAGAAUAAAUGAGCAUGAGACUUAAAGCAUUUUCAGAUACUAGUAGUAUUAGAUUAAAAAAUGGCAAUGGAGGCACUGAAAAAUGAAUUUUGUAUGAAGCAAAUGGCAAGUAGAACAAAAGUAGAUUUUUUUUUUUACUCUAGCAAUCAAAUCUCAAAAUGACAUGCGUGUGGUGUGAACCAAACACAGUACGAUGACCCUGCUAUGAUUACGAAACCUGGGUUUUAAUCUGAUUUUCCUUGUUGUGUUGUACUUAUCAUAUCAGAGGAAGUGUUUUGUAUUUAAUCUUUGUUUUCUUCAUCCUGUCCUGGAUGCCUGACAGCACUCAGGGUGUUCAGGAGGUUAAUGUGAAGACUAUUGUGACAAGAGGACAUGCUAAUUAUAUUACAAAGAAUGUCACUUUUUAAAGGGUCAUUCCGCCAAUUUUGUGCUGCACUUUCAUUAUGAUAAAUGUCCGGCUUUUAGUCUUUAAUUCAUAUGAAGCUCGAACACAAUAGCAUCAUUAGAGGUCCUUCCUGCCUGGUCAUAAUCAUUCAGACAGUGUGUGAUGAUGUUUGGAUGAUGUGAUGAUGGCUCACUCUUUGAGACUUCCUCAUGUUGGGUCGUGUCCACAUGAAAAGUAAACAGAGCUUCAUGUGUAAAACUGGUGAAGUGCCCUUUUAAGCUUUUAUUGGAAACACAGAAUUAUUAACAUUGUGAAGCUAAAAUCAUAUAUUUCUGAAAUUUUUCUGAAUGUUUUUUCCCCUGAUUUGACACCAUACUACUGAGAGCACAGACUCAGUAGUUUUAGGUUUUCAUUACUGCUACCUCUCCUGAUAACUACUUUAAGAAAAGCAGUAAUGUAAAGCUGAUUCUGCACUGACUAAACAAGAAUAAUUAACAUGCACACUACUUGAUGUAUUUUUAAGCAUGCCGAACCCUUUAUUUUUUGUUUGUUAAACCAGGUUCAUUGUGAUUCGCAGUUUGUGGCAGAUAUAUGAUAGUUGGGUCAAAGAAGUGUUUAACUACUGACGACAUAUAUUUAAUGCCCUAUUUGAAGGGUUUUAUUUUUAUUUCUGUAUGUAUGAUUUUUUUAUUUUAGCAAUAUGCAAAAGGAUUAAGUUUGGAGCUGUGUUUUUUAAGACAUUGUGUAAAUGCUGCACUUUACACACACACUACCAGUGGAGAUAAACACAGUCAAACACUGUUGGUACAUUAUGUCUGCUUCGUCAGGUUAGACUGUAUCUCCAAAGAGAUACCGAGCACUAAGCCAAAUGAGCUGACAAUACGUGUCAUUAUGAUACAUCUGUCACUUUUCAACUAUUCACCUAAAUGUUGUAAUCUCAAACUGUCAUAUCAGCGUCUAAAUGUGGUGCCGUUGGCACCUUGAUAGACCAAAACGUAAUGACACAUGGAUUGAACUACUGAUCGAGAACAGAACUGCUCUGUUCACCUGUAGCGAAAGACGAGGCCGGUACUUCUCAAAGGUGUUAUUUUUUUCUCUGCGUUUGUUUAUGGCUAAUGUGGAACUUGAAACAUUUUGGAAAAAUGUGUUUUAUUGUUUUAGCUUUUUAUUUUGUUAAUGAUGCUGUAAUUAUAAAACAUCUGACUGGGGUUAACUUUAAUAUAUGUCGUUGGUUUUGAA